AUGACGGAUGCGGAAAGAUUCAACCUUUCGAAAGACGACCCGGAGUACGCUUGGAGGGUCAUUGGAUCCAAGAUACAAUUGGCGGGUUGGACGUUGUCACCUUGCUUGUUGUGGACACUCAAGUUGUGUGUAACAUUCUUCUACUUCCGGCUCACAACCGGCCUCAAGGUAUACCAAAAGCGUAUCUAUGCCGCAUUGGUCCUUAUUGCAACGUCCUUCGUGGUUGUCAUAAUGACUAUCGCUCUCUCCUGUAGGCCCUUUCAGAAGUAUUGGCAAGUGUUCCCGGAUCCAGGCAACUCGUGCCAGCCCGCCAUCUCUAAACCAAUAGUCUGGGUUUCAUUCGUGCUGAACGUCUCCACUGAUGUCUUUCUCUUCUUUAUACCAAUUCCUAUGCUGUGGAAGUCGAGUUUACGGCUCUACAAAAAGCUGGCAGCGACUUCAAUACUUUCUGCAGGUCUUUUGAUCAUCAUCUGCGCAACUCAAAAGAGUAUAUAUGUCAUCAUCGAUCCCGUGAAAGGUGGACAGUUGGCAGCCGAAUGGGGAACAAGAGAAACCUUCGUUGCGGUCGUCACCACGAACCUUCCUAUGAUCUUUCACUUAGUCAAGGUUUGGCUUGUUCCUUACCUACCGAGUACUCUCAAGUCCAGCAGCAACAACAAAGCCUACAAGUCUCCUGGAAGCGGGUUCGUGACAAUAGGUGGUGGGGGAGCAUCGAGUCAUGCGAGAAAAGCUUCACGAAACGGAACUCUGAUCACUGCGAAUGCAACUUACGAUAACGGGAGCGAAGAAAGAAUCGUCAAAGAGCAUGACGUGAGGAUGCAAUAUCUGAACACUACAUCUGGCUCGCAUAAGACGCCAGGUGCGAUUGUCGUAUCGAAGCAGGUAUCGGUGACGACGGAGGAGUUUGGCAAUGAGCGCCCGGUCAGUCAGGGGUGA